UUUUUUGUACACGGUCAGAUCACGCUGUUUCAGAGACAGUGCUAAACUGAAGCUCUACUAAAAGCUGGGUGUUUUGGCAGGUUUGUGAAUGAUGUCUGUAAUAGAGGCCUGGUUUAUGGACGAGUCCAGUUCGGAUCAGCGGCUCCCUCACAGACUGGAGCCGAACCAGCCCGUCAGUCUGCAGGAGCUGCAGAAGAUCGGAGUUUUCUACUGGAAGUUAAAUGCUGACAUCUAUGAAAGUGAUCCUGAGUUACAAAAGAUCCGUGAAGAUAGAGGUUACUCGUACAUGGACAUUAUAACCAUCCAUCCGGAUAAGCUGCCAAAUUAUGAGGAUAAACUGAAAAUGUUCUAUGAGGAACAUCUGCACCUGGACGACGAGAUCCGCUACAUCUUGGAAGGAAGAGCGUACUUUGACGUCAGGGACCAAAAUGACCGCUGGAUACGAAUUGCUAUGACCAAGGGAGACCUGAUCACACUACCAGCAGGAAUUUACCACAGAUUCACCCUGGAUGAGACAAACUACACUAAAGCCAUGAGGCUGUUUGUUGGAGAGCCAGUGUGGAAGGCUUACAACCGCCCAGCUGAUGAGUUUGAAAUUCGCCAGAAGUACGUGCAGUCACUGAAGUGCCGCUAAGCUGCAAAUAAUACCUGAAGAGACAUGUUCUUAAGAUCUAUGCCCUAUGCAAUUCCUCAAUAAUCCUACACUAAUAUCAGUAUUCAUAGUGCCUUUAUUUUUAGAUGAUUAAAGUACACGAUCAAUUUACAAUUAUGAAGACUGUCAGGGCAGUGCUAUUUGUAGCUUUAGUGACUCUUUAGUAAGACAUUUGAAACUGAAACUCUGUCAUAGUGAGGUGCAAAUGAAACUACUGCACACCUGCUUCUGUAGUGUUAUAGUGUCUUAAACUUUUAAUGAUCAGAUUUUAACAAAUUGAAAUAAAGUUUCAGUUUCUUUUUU